CGUUCUUCGCUUGUAGACGCUCUUAGUCGCUGUCGUUCAAUUGGUUAAUCCUUAUUUGCUGUGUGCGCGCUGCCCUCAACGCUGAUUAAACAACAACAACAACAACAAUUAAUAUAGUAAACACUUGUGUGUUUGUGUGUGUGUGUAACAGUUAAGCUGUUGCCCCAACAAAGAUCAGCAGAGACUCACAAGUUGAAUCACUUGGCUCUAGUGUAUUUGAUUUAAUUACAUUUCAUAUUCAUUAUUCAUUUGAUCGCCACGCCACUUCCUCUCGCCGCGCUUUCGUGCUUUGGUAUUUCAUUGUGGAAAACAAACAAUCGAACGAUUGUUGUAUAAGUUUAUAAAUUUUGCGCAUAAAACGUGUUUUAGUUGCAAUUAACGUUCGAAGCCGCACUGAUCGCCGUAACAUUGCUGUGCCGCAGCCGGUCGAGUCUUCAGUCAGCGUGUCAUACAAACAGAUACGAGCAAAUACUAAUUGCGUAGCGGAACGAGUGAAAAUAACCGCAAAGCGUCUUUAUUAACAAUUUAAUUGUAAACUAAAACAAAUUUAAGUACAGCUGAAAAUAUUUGUAUUGUUACAAUCAUGGCCACCACACACAAUAGCAAUGGCAACGGUAAAUAUGAUGAAGAGGAAACCGCACUCGAACACAUCAUCAAAUCACUUGAGAAUCCGACCAUGAAGUGCGAGGGUACACACUUCGAUUCCCAUGUGCCGCACACGUUCGUCAUCUUUGGUGCGUCGGGUGACUUGGCCAAGAAGAAAAUCUACCCCACCUUGUGGUGGCUCUUCCGUGAUAAUUUGCUGCCGAAACCAACAAAAUUCUGCGGUUAUGCGCGUUCGAAGCUUACGAUUGAGGAAUUGCGUGCAAAGUGUCAUCAAUAUAUGAAGGUGCAACCACACGAGCAGGCCAAGUAUGAGGAGUUCUGGCAAUGUCACGCCUAUGCUGCCGGCAGCUAUGAUCAACGCAGUGAUUUUGUCGCCUUGAAGGAGCAGUUGGAGCGUCUGGAGUGUCGCUGCAGUUGUAAUCGCAUAUUUUAUUUGGCUUUGCCGCCCUCCGUCUUCGAUAAAGUGACUGUGAAUAUUAAGGAUAUUUGCCUAUCUGAACGCGGCUGGAACCGCGUUAUCAUCGAAAAGCCCUUCGGUCGCGACGAUGUCACAUCAAAGAAGCUGAGCGAUCAUCUCGCCUCACUCUUCCACGAGGAACAAAUCUAUCGCAUCGAUCAUUAUUUGGGCAAAGAGAUGGUGCAGAACCUCAUGACUAUACGUUUCGCCAAUAAAAUCCUCAACUCAACAUGGAAUCGCGAAAAUAUUGCUUCGGUACUCAUCACAUUCAAGGAACCUUUCGGCACACAAGGACGUGGCGGUUACUUUGAUGAGUUCGGCAUCAUACGCGAUGUCAUGCAAAAUCAUUUGCUGCAGAUAUUGUCACUGGUCGCCAUGGAGAAGCCGACAUCGUGUCAACCCGAUGAUAUACGCGAUGAAAAAGUUAAGGUACUGAAAAGCAUUCCAGCACUCACAUUGGACGACAUGGUUUUGGGACAAUAUGUCGGCAAUCCCGAAGGCCAGGGUGAAGCGCGCGAGGGUUAUCUCGAUGAUCCGACCGUUUCGAAGGAUUCCAAUACGCCCACCUUUGCACAGGGUGUGCUGCGUAUCAACAACGAACGUUGGGAGGGUGUGCCGUUCAUAUUACGUUGCGGCAAAGCGCUGAACGAACGUAAAGCUGUAGUACGCAUACAAUAUCGCGAUGUGCCCGGUGAUAUCUUUGAGGGUAACAGCAAACGCAAUGAGUUGGUCAUACGUGUGCAACCCGGUGAGGCGCUCUACUUCAAAAUGAUGACUAAGAGUCCCGGUAUUACAUUCGAUAUGGAGGAGACUGAGUUGGACUUGACCUACGAGCAUCGCUACAAGGACUCCUAUCUGCCGGAUGCGUACGAGCGUCUGAUUUUGGAUGUAUUCUGCGGUUCACAAAUGCAUUUCGUGCGUUCGGAUGAAUUACGCGAGGCGUGGCGUAUUUUCACCCCGGUGCUGCAUGAGAUCGAAAAUAGCAAAGUGAAGCCCAUACCAUAUGUGUUUGGCUCACGCGGUCCCAAGGAGGCUGAUCAGAAGACCGGCGAGAAUAAUUUCAAAUAUUAUGGGUCUUACAAGUGGCACGGCAGGAAGUAGAGGGGACAAUGAUAAUAACAAAUGCAUAGAAAAGACAAAUAAAACAUGUAAACAAUUGUUUAAACUAUUUUAUAACGGAUGUCUAAGUAAGAGUAGUUAUACAUACAUAUGUACAGUUUUGAAUACAUAAAAUGUAUGUAUAUAUUUGUAAAUGUACUCGUAGCUUGUAAAUGAUGAUGUAAUGAAUGAAUUGUGCGAGAAAAACACUGACUUUUGUACUUGUUCAGUGCAAAUACAAUAUAUUUUGUAUAAAUUAAGUAUACGGAACAAUGGAUUUAUGAAUAAGUUUUUAAAUAAAUUUAAAAAAAAAAAACAAAAAAAAAAUACAAACAAACUGAA